AUGUCUGAAGAACCGGAGAAGCUCUACUUCUCAUACAACCACAUCCACAAGCUGUGUAAGGAAUCUGCUGAAAAGAUUAAGCAGUUCAAGCCAGACAUCAUCAUCUCCAUUGGUGGUGGUGGUAACAUCCCAUCCCGUAUUCUUAGAACCUUUUUGAAGGAGAAGGGCCACAAGAACAUCCCAAUCCAGGUCAUUGGUCUCAGUCUUUACGAGAACCUGGGAGAUGAAGACGACGAUACUCAGAUCGGUAAGGAGGUUGUCAGAACACAGUGGCUUGACUUUGGUGCGCUCAAUGAGCACUUUGACUCUCUGAUCGGCAAGAACAUCUUGAUCGUUGAUGAAGUCGACGAUACCAGAACUACUUUGCACUAUGCUGUUUCUGAGCUUGAAAAGGAUGUUCAGCAACAGGCCAGCAAGCUCGGUAGAACGGAAAAGACAAACUUUGCAAUCUUUGUGCUUCACAACAAGGAUAAGCCAAAGAAGGCCGACUUACCUACUGAUAUCAUCCAAGAUCGUUAUUACGCAGCAAGAACUUUGCCGGAUAAAUGGUUAUGUUAUCCAUGGGAUGCUGAUGACAUUGACGACCAUACUGAAAAGGCCAUCGCUCAAGGUUACAACUAA